AGCCUGGAUGACAGGAAAAUCCUGUCAAAAAAAAAAAAAAAGACGUGGACCAGUCAUUAUCAUCCAGAGUAAUUUCACUGCCCCAGAGAUCUGUGUUCCACUGUGCUUCUCCUUCCCUCGAGUCCCUCACAACUACUGAGCCUUUUACUAUAUCCAAAGUUUUGCCUUUUCCAAAAUGUCGUAAAGUUGAGAUUAUGUAGUAGGUAGCCUUUUUAGAUUGGCGGCUUUCACGUAAUGUGCAUUUAAGGUUCAACCAUGUCUUUUCAUGACUUGAUAGCUUGUUUCUUUCUAGUGAUAAAUAAAUCCACUGUCUGGAUGUUCCACAGUUAAUCCAUUCACCUGCUGAAGAACAUCUUGGUUGCUUUCAAGGUUUGGCAGUUAUGGAUAAAGCUGCUGUAAACAUCCCUGUGCAGGUUUUUGUGUGGACAUGAGGUCUCAACUCCUUUGGCAAUGAACUAGAGUUCCUGAUGCUCCACAUCCUUGCCAGCGUUUGGUGCUGUCCGUGUUCUGGAUUUGAGCUAUUCUAAUGUGUGUAUCCAGUCUUCAUUCAGACCUGCAAAGACCCAGGCUCCAGCUGCCAGCUUCCUGUGGCCCCUCGGGCCACCUGCACAGGAAAUUCCAAGGGUACGUUGGUCCCACUGCCAGUGCCAUGGCCUACAGUGCUAGGCAGCCCCUCAGUCUCUGCCACUCAAAGUUCUCCUCCAGGAAUCCUUCCUAGAAAGUCCCGUUCCAGCUUGGGGCAAUGUCCCCAUGACCCUCGUGGCACCGCUGGCUUGGCAUGUCAGCUAUGUUACCUUCCUACUUCUGAUGGUCUUGAAUACGUUGGGGCACUGGCCCACUGGCUGCCUUCCCACCAUGUUCCCAGUACACAGCUCAGGACCCAGUACAACCCAUACCUCCAGCUUGGGUGGAGCUCUCAUGCCAGGCUGCCUGUCACUCACUGCCCUAGCCUGACCCUGCACCCCACUGGCAGCACAGUCAGCACAGCGGUUUGGCUCACAGCAGAGGGCAAAGGCCAUCAUCAGCUCCCUUUAUAAGGGAACAGUCACACACUCGGCGUGCUGAGAGUGUCCUGUCUGGUCCUCUGUGCCUGGUGGGGUGGGGGUGCCAAGUGUGUCCAGAGAGCUCAGUGGGCAGCGAGGCAGCCAUGGGGCUGGAUGCACUGGUGCCCCUGGCUGUGACAGUGGCCAUCUUCCUGCUCCUGGUGGACCUGAUGCACCGUCGCCAACGCUGGGCUGCACGCUACCCGCCUGGCCCCAUGCCACUGCCGGGGCUGGGCAACCUGCUGCAUGUGGACUUCCAGAACACACCAAACUGCUGCAACCAGCUGCGGCGCCGCUUUGGGGACGUGUUCAGCCUGCAGCUGGCCUGGACACCGGUGGUCGUACUCAACGGGCUGGAGGCCGUGCGUGAGGCGCUGGUGACCCGCGGCGAGGACACCGCCGAUCGGCCGCCUGUGCCCAUCUACCAGGUCCUGGGCUACGGGCCGCGCUCCCAAGGGGUGUUCAUGGCUCGUUACGGUCUCGUGUGGCGCGAGCAGAGGCGCUUCUGCGUGUCCACCUUGCGCAACCUGAGGCUGGGCAAAAACUUGCUGGAGCAGUGGGUGACCAAGGAAGCUGCCUGCCUCUGUGCCGCCUUCGAUGACUAUGACGGACGCCCCUUCCGCCCCAACGAACUCCUGGACAAAGCGGCGAGCAACGUAAUCGCCUCCCUCACCUGCGGGCACCGCUUCGAGUAUGACGACCCUCGCUUCCUCAGGCUGCUGGACCUAGCGCAGGAGGGAUUGAAGGAGGGGUCGGGCUUCCUGCCCCAGGUGCUGAAUGCCAUCCCUGUCCUCCUGCGCAUCCCAUGGCUGGCUGGCAAGGUGUUACGCUCCCAAAAGGCUUUCCUGGCCCACCUGGAUGAGCUGCUGAACGAGCACAGGAUGACCUGGGACCCAGCCCAGCCACCCCGAGACAUGACUGAUGCCUUCCUGGCAGAGAUGGAGAAGGCCAAGGAGAACCCCGAGAGCAGCUUCAAUGACACGAACCUGCGUAUGGUGGUGGCUGACCUGUUCUUGGCCGGGAUGGUGACCACCUCAAUCACGCUGGCCUGGGGCCUUCUGCUCAUGAUCCUUCACCCAGAUGUGCAGCGCCGUGUCCAACAGGAGAUUGACGACGUGAUAGGGCAGGCGCGGCGACCAGAGAUGGGCGACCAGGUUCGCAUGCCCUACACCACUGCUGUGAUUCACGAGGUGCAGCGCUUUGGGGACAUCAUCCCCAUGAAUAUGCCCCACAUGACAUCCCGAGACAUUGAAGUGCAGGGCUUCCUCAUCCCUAAGGGGACAGCGAUCUUCGCCAGCCUGUCAUCAGUGCUGAAGGAUGAGGCCAUCUGGGAAAAGCCCUUCCGCUUCCACCCUGAACACUUCCUGGAUGCCCAGGGCCGCUUUGUGAAGCCAGAGGCCUUCCUGCCUUUCUCAGCAGGCCGCCGUGCAUGCCUCGGGGAGCCCCUGGCCCGCAUGGAGCUCUUCCUCUUCUUCACCCACCUGCUGCAGCACUUCAGCUUCUCCGUGCCCACCGGACAGCCCCGGCCCAGUAGCUCGCCUGCUGGUGGCUUUCUGGUGUAUCCUUCUCCCUACCAGCUUUGUGCUGUGCCCCGCUAGAGUUGGGCAUCAAGCCCCUGACUUGCUCCUCUUGUAUAAUAAAUUAGUCUAGAGGCUCCCACUUGGUUUCUGAAUCCAGUUUGGGCUCUUGCCAAGG